AUGUGUCCAUUAUUCAGGAAAGUCGCAUUUAAUUUGUUUAUUUCUAAGAGUUUUGAAAUUUCAUCAAAGAUUUUCACCUCAUAUUUAAAAGAUAAACUAAUAUCGGGAUAUUAUCGUCAAGACGAAGUAACAGAUGCCUUCAUAGAGAACAUUGCUUUAAAUAAGCCUGCUAAUAUGAGCAGUGUUUAUAGUAUGGAUGGGGCAGCAUGGGAAGGUGUUGACGGUAGACACGAUGGGUUUGUCAAUACAAAACAGUCAGAACUAGAAUGGUGGUUUUUCACUUCUUACGUAGAAGAUAAAAACUUCGCUAAUUUUUAUCAUGAAUAUGUCGUUAUAUCUCGAACACGGUGUAUUUAUUCUUGUUUUGAUGAUGAGGUAUGCAUUGCGGUUGCCUAUCAUGGUUCUCGAAAGAUGUGUUAUUUAUUUGAAUCAUUUCCAGCUUGUGAAACCUCUACCACGGACAUUGGUAUGGUAACGUAUAUGUCACCAGAUAAAUUUGUUUCCAACAUCGCGUUUAAUAAACCAGCCCUGAUGAGCAGUGUAUUUAAGAAUGAAAAAGGUUGCAGAGCUGUUGAUGGUGAUUUGAGUAGUCUAACUCGUACUAGAGAGAGUACUCUGGAAUGGUGGUGUGUUGACCUGGAGAAAAUAUACAACUUCACAUCUAUCGUUAUUUAUAACAAAAAUUCGGGACACUACAUGUCCAUCAACAGACUAAUAGGUUUCCAAUUAAAAUUAAACGAUAAUGGAGAAUGUAAUCUUGAAACAUUUCAUGAUUCUGUCGUUUGUUAUAAGGAUAAUCGAACAUGGAGAUUGUACGAGUACCACUUAACCUCAUGUAACCAACCAGACGUGGACUUCUCUUCGCGAUUUAUAUUCAUCAGUCCUAGAUCAAGCCUACCUGUUACCAUUAGAGAAGUGUUUGUAUCAGCUACAGAUGUUUAA